ACAGCCAGAUAUGUCGCAAGGGCUCCGUUUCAGGAAGCGGAAUUAGUGAACACUUCAAGAAACUUCAGGGGUGAUGCUGCGUUCCAGUUGUACUCGGAACUGGGAAAGUCUGACUUCCCAGUCGCCCUCCGAGAAGAGCAGCAGCCGUUGGUGAUUAAAGAAGAAGUUCCUGAUCUGAGCAGUUCCAGUUUGGACCAGCAGAACCUCAUACCCCCUUUACUGGUUUUAAACAAACUUCAGUCUGGGAGAAAAGGAAAUCAGCAACUGUGGGUGGUUAAAGAAGAGGUUCCUGAUCUCAGCAUUUCCAGUUUGGACCAGCAGAACUUCACAUGUUACCAGGUGAAGAAGGAAGAGGAGGAACAGUGGAUCAGUCAGGAGGUAGAGCAGCUUACUGUGAAGAAUGAAGACGAAGAGAAACCUCAAUUGUCAAAAGUUCAUCGCAUCAAAAGUGAAGACAGCAGAGAGACAGAAGCUUCGACCAGCAGCUCAGCUGAACAGAUGAAAACAGAAUCUGAUGGAGAGAUCAGUGGAGGAUCAGAACCCGACAGAGAACCGGAUCCAAAUCCUAAUUUACUGCCAAAUAUUGAAGACAGGCAUUCGGCCUCUUUUGAGAUUAAAGUCAGUGAUGAAAGUAAAGAUGACAAUCUAACAGAUUCUGGAUCUGAAAAUGAAGACAGUGAUGAAGAUUGGAGGGAACCCAGAACACGUCAGUCUGGUGUAAACAGUAAAGUGGGACGUAAAGCUGCCAAGAAAACCUUCAGCUGCACCGACCACUUUAAACAGUUUGUGAGGAAGCAGAUGUUCCAGAAACAUAUGGCAGGUCAUUCAGGAGAAAAGUCUUCCAGCUGUUCGGUUGAGAAGAAACGCUCUAGAGGGAAGAAAAAGGUUGAAUCACAGACGGGACUCGAACCAGGAAGGAAAUCAUUUUCUUGUGAUGAUUGUGGUAAAACAUUUCAGAAACUAGGCGCUCUUAAAUGCCAUGUGAGAAUCUAUCGCUGUGAAAAAUCAAUUGUUUGUGAAGAUUGUGGUAAAAUCUUUCACAGUCGAUGUCAUUUGAAAACUCACCAUAGACCCCACACAGGUGAAAGACCCUUUGUCUGUGAUAAAUGUGGUAAAAGGUUUAGCCGGAAGCCGGGCCUUCAAGUUCACAUGACUUGUCACACAGGAGAGAAACCAUUUCAGUGUGAGGUAUGUGAUAAGAAGUUUACCUCAAAUGGAUCUCUGACGGCACACAUGACAAUCCAUAAAGGGGAAAAACCAUUUAGGUGCAGCGAUUGUGGCAGAUGCUUCAGACUUAAGGAUGUUCUAAAAAGCCACAUGAUAACCCACUCAAAUGUAAAACCUUUUGUCUGUGGGUAUUGUGGUGCCACUUUUACGCGGAAACAAAGUUUGCUCCUGCAUGUUAGACUCCACACUGGGGAGAAUCAGUUGUCAUGUGAUCAAUGUGAUAAAAAGUUUGUCCUUAAGAGUCGCCUUCUAAAACACAUGCAGAUUCAUCAGAAAGAGGAGAAAGUGGUGACCGGGAAGGGAAACUUUGCUUGUGAGGAAUGUGGAAGAAGGUUUGUCCAGAAGCGGUAUUUAAAAAGUCACAUGCUUAUGCACACAGGAGAGAAACCGUUUAGUUGCGAUCUGUGUUUGAAGUUGUUUACACGGGCGGAAAAUCUGAGGAAUCACAAACUGAGGAUUCACGGUAAACAGAGAUUUCAUACAGAGAAUUCGUUUGGAAAGACUUUCUGUACAAAUGCCACGGCAGUUCAAAUUAUUUUGCUUCCCUUUGAUCAGGAUUAGCUUGAACAUUUUGAGUUUGACAUGAUGUCUUUGCUUCAUCGUAAGUAGAUCAGUGUCUGGUAUUAGCAAAUAAUGGGGAAAACGGCCUGUGCCCUGUGAUAAAAUGAUUUUGGCAGCUCACUGUGGGUCUGGAUAUUUCUGCCCAAGCAUAUAGUGAAUUUUUAUUUUAUUGUGUUCAUUUAUAUUGUGUAUUAUUUCUAUCUUUAACAAGUGCAUAAAUAAUGAAUUUAUUGUUUCAGUAAAGUGUAUGCAACACAAAAUGUAAAAAAAUUGCCUUAUUUUUUACAUUUAUUUUAUGUCUUUUUGUCUUUUUUUUUAUUUUUUUGCUCUAAAUAGAGGUCAUGGUCAGUAAAGUGUCAGGCCGACGUGAUGUAAGGACAGAUACCAGAAGAGUUGAUAUUUUUUGUUGAUGGUAACAGUUGAGCAUCUUAGGCCUCUGGGCUCAUUUAUGGAAAAGAAGAACUGAGGUCAUACACACAGGAGAAAUCACAGUAACAAUGAUACAAAUUCUGUUUCAUACACGAUCUUCUGUGAAAAGCUGUCAAUGAAUUUGUCCAUAGUGGAUCUUGAUGUGCUGACUCAAGGCUUACAAAUUAGUUAUUGAAUGGAUUUUAUGUACAAUUCUCCCAAGACUGCAGUUAUCUCGAUUACCAGUGCAUAUUUUCAAACCAGAUUUUCUUUACAAUUAAUUGUAUGUGAAUAUGCUUGGAUACGGCACUCUGAACAAACAGCUUCUUUAGCAGUGACUUUUUGUGGUUGGCCCUCCCUGUGGAUGGUUUCAAUGUUUGUUUUUCUGAACAUCUGUUCAGUCAGCAGUCCUCCCUGUGAUUGUGUAGUUCACUGACCCAGACUGAGAAUCCAUUUAGAUGCCCAGGAAACCUUUGUGGAUGGUUAUCAAGUUAAUUCAGUUAUUAGAGUGUAACACAACAAAUUUUCAAUAUAGAAAUGUUAUUCUACUUUUCGGAGACACCGAGUUUUGUGUUUUCAUUAUCUGUAAGCCAUAAAUGUAACAGUUACAAGAAAUAAAGGCUUGAAAUCUA